AAUUUCUAUAGAUUGGUACAAAUCAUAGAAUAGAGAAUCCCAAUAGCACAAGCUCCUGAUUUCCUUGCAUUAUUUGCCCGCGCUCAAGUAUUUUUUAGACUGAGUCUUCCAUACUUCGUACUGAUAUAAACAAAUAUUGCACAAACUACUACUAGUGAAUUACUAAUAGUUUCCACCAAAUACAGCCACUACACACUACAUAUACUACAAUGGACUACUCAUACGCUAACGUUGUUCCCAACUUCAGAUUGGACGGAAGAUUGGCUAUUAUUACCGGAGGUUCUGGUGGUUUGGCCGCAGUCAUUUCGCGUGCCUUGUUGGCCCAGGGCGCUGAUGUUGCUCUCAUUGACAUGAACUUGGAAAGAACCAAGUCCGCUGCCAAAGAAGUUUUGGGCUGGGGUGAAGAGACGUUGAAGGGUGAACACGCUUCAGCCAUCGGCCAAGUUUCCGCCUGGUCCUGCAACAUUGGGGAUGCUGAGGCAGUAGACGCUACUUUCAGCUCCAUCAACGAACACCACGGCAAGAUCGCUGACUUGUUGAUUAACACCGCUGGAUACUGUGAAAACUUCCCUGCCGAAACGUACCCGGCUACUAACGCUGAAAGCAUCAUGAAGGUGAACGGUUUGGGCUCAUUCUACGUUUCGCAAUCGUUCGCUAGACCAUUGAUCCAGAACAACUUGAGAGGCUCUAUCAUCUUGAUUGGCUCAAUGUCUGGAACAAUUGUCAACGACCCACAACCCCAAUGUAUGUACAACAUGUCCAAGGCUGGAGUGAUCCACUUGGUCAGAUCGUUGGCCUGCGAAUGGGCCAAGUACAACAUCAGAGUCAACACCUUAUCACCAGGCUAUAUUUUGACUCCUUUAACCAGAAACGUGAUUUCUGGCCACACAGAGAUGAAGGAAGCCUGGGAAUCCAAGAUCCCCAUGAAGAGAAUGGCCGAACCCAAGGAAUUCGUGGGGUCCAUCUUAUACUUGGCAAGCGAGACUGCUUCUUCCUACACUACGGGCCACAAUUUGGUUGUGGACGGAGGAUAUGAAUGCUGGUAGAUACCGCUCCCAUUUUAAUGAAACGACCACGAUACGACCCACAGUUUAAUUUCACAAGUAUAAAGUUUAUAUGUCGCUACUGUUUUAUAGAGAAAGCCAAAAUUGACGAAAC